AUGGCCCUGGCUGAUGUCGGGCUUUGGAGAACCAUUGGUGGAGCGGCUGCCAAUAAACUUGGUGGUGCUGUUCAUGACCAGGGCUGGGGAAAGGGUGGUGUAAUUGACCAUCACCAGGGUCACAUCGAUCAUCACGGAUCUAAGGGUGGCGCUAUUGGAGUUGGAUCUGCUCAGGUUGAUCUUGGUGUUGGACUUGGAGUCGGUGGACAAUUCGAUGCUGGAUUUAAUGGUGGAAAUAUUGACAACGGUCACCACGGAAAGGGAGGAAUCAUCGACCAUCACGAUAUAGGCCAUGGAAAUCACUUUGAUCACCAUAAUGGUGGAAUCAUCGGAGGUGGUGCUCAUGCUUCUGCUGAUGUGUCUGUGGGAGCUGCCGUUGGUGCCGCUGUUGGGGGCGGUAUCGGUGUUGGAGGCGGGUUCGUUGAUAACAUCGGAGGUGGCUCUAUUGGAGGAUCAUUCGAUGACACAACUGUUAUUGGUGGUGGUCACUUCAACAGCAUUAACGGUAACUUCGAUGACAGCACAAUCAUUGGUGGCAACAUCAACAGCAUCAGCGGAUCUUUCGAUGACAGCACAAUCAUCGGUAGAGGUGGAAACCUCAACUCCAUCAGCGGAUCAUUCGAUGACAGCACAAUCAUCGGUAGAGGUGGAAACCUGAACUCCAUCAGCGGAUCAUUCGAUGACAGCACAAUCAUCAACGGAGGUGGAAAUCUUAACGCUAUCAGCGGAUCAUUUGACGACUCAGUAAUUAUUGGAGGAGAUAACGGUGGAUUUGGUGUCGGAGGAGGUGUCGGCAUUGGAGGUGGUGUCGGUAUCGGAGGAGGUGUCGGUGUUGGAGCCGCCGUAGGCGCCCGUGUCUCAGUCGGAGCUGGGGCUGGAGCAGGCAUUGGUGGAGGAUUUGGAGGAAAGAAGGGUGGAUACGGAAAAUACGGAAAGGGCAUAAUUGGCGGAGGUUACUACAGACCCAUGGUCGUCUACAGACCCAGGUUCGGAGGAUACGGAAAACGCUACGGUGGAGGAUACAGAAAAUCUUCAUACAAAAAGAUGAGGGCCAUUCCAAUCAGGAAAAUCAGAUUUAUGAGACCUAUCUUCAGGAAAAAGUUCGGAGGUUAUGGUUACUAA